AUGCCUCAAAAUUUAAUUGAUCCAGAAUAUGAAAAUAAAAUUAAUGAAUUAACGCAUCUUAAUAAGCAAUUAUUAUCUGAAAUUAAUGAAUUAAAGUAUCUUAAUAAGCAAUUACUAUCUGAAAAUGAAAGAUUAAAAAAAAGUUAG